AUGCGUUUGGCACUUUCUACUACUUUGUUAAUCUUUUUUCUCUUAUUGACAACUACUUCGGCUCAUCCUUCUGGUCAUCAUCCAAGACGUCGACAUGCGAAUAAACAACGGAGAAGUCGAGUUCAACCUUCAUCUUCAACUAUAGAUACUCCUACGACAGCCAACACAACUCCUCAAAAUGGAAUCAAGAAUGACUACACCACUGAACCGACUGCUUUGGGUCUUUGGACCCCUUCUUCCGCUUCUGAUGCUAGUACCUCGAAUGCCAACGCCGCCGCCGCUGCUCCUCAACCUUCCGCCUCUGCUUCCGGCCUAGGUUUGUUCACCCCUCCGUCUGAAGACAAAGGUACCCCAAACUCCGAAGCUGGCUCCGAAGGGUACGGAGGAUGGGGUGGCGGAGGUGGUGGUGGUGGAGGUAGGAAAGGCGGAUGGGGCGGUGGACAAUCACAACAGCAAUCACAACCUUCAUCUACUCCUGCUGCUGGUGAUAUGGGUGUUGACAUUUCGGCAGGAGUCGAUGUGAGUAUAUUGAAAGCUGGUGGAGGCGGUGGAUAUGGUGCACAAUCUACUGCUCCUGCAUCACAGCCAUAUGCAUAUCAACCUCCUACGAGUCAACCGUACUCCGAAGCACCAGUGCCAUCUAUCUCAUCACCUUCUUACGUCGCUCCACCAGCUACUACGAGCUAUGAGAGACCUACGAUCUAUUCGACCAAUUAUAUAGAAGUCACAGAAUGGUACACCCCUCCUUCUACGCCAGGUACAUCUUCAUACCAAGCUCCAGCCUCGUCCGGUCAGACCAACCAGGGAGCCAUCCCAACUUCUCAAAUGUACUCUCCUCCAUCAAUUGCUGGUACACCUACACCUACAAUUCCAAACUCGCCUUCAGCUGCAAAUACGGGAUAUUCAUCAUCCACAGCUGGAGGAUACUCUUCAAACGCGGUGGUAAACUCGGGUGGACAAGUCGUUCACACGUCUUCAUGGACAUCAUCGUGGACGAACUCUUGGUCUAACGCUCCGUCUACUACUUCCCAAGCUCCCGUGGCUACCAGUGCACCGCAGGAUGAUGAUCAAAGGAAAUUUGUGGAUUGUCAUAACCAGUGGAGAAACCAAUAUGGCGCAGGAAACGUCUCGUGGGGUGACGAAUUGGCAAGUUACGCUAAUACCCAUGCGAGCGUUUGUGCUUCUAUGGCACAUACUAAUGGACCUUACGGUGAGAACUUAGCAACAGGAACAGAUGGGUUUAUGGAUAUCAUAAGCUCAAUUGGAAUGUGGAUGGAUGAAGCUUCUGACUAUGAUGCGAGUAAUCCGACUUAUAGUCAUUUCACCCAGGUCGUUUGGAAAGAGACUACUACUAUUGGAUGUGCAGCUAUAAACUGCGGUGCCAACACCGGUAUGGCAGGUCAACUAUAUAUCAUGUGCGAAUAUCACCCAAGGGGUAAUGUCAUAGGUGCAUUCGCCCAAAAUGUCGGUAAGAGGUAA